AUGGCAGAGAGUUUGGAUUGGAUCAACUUAAUGGCUUACGACUUCUAUGCCCCAUCUCGAUCCAAUGUGACCGAGUCACAUUCGGCACUUUAUGACCCGACGGGCCAAGUCAGUGGGAGUUAUGGGGUUGAGGCAUGGAUUCAAGCUGGUAUGAACUCGAAUAACUUGGUGUUGGGUUUGCCUUACUAUGGGUAUGCAUACAAGCUUGUGGACGCUAAUAACCAUGGGCUUUUGGCCCGGCUGAUGGAGCGGUGGGCCUGGAUGAUGGAGUCAUGCGCUAUACGCAGAUCAAGACCUUCAUAUCCAAUAACGGGGCUGAAGUUGUGUAUAAUGCCACAGUUGUGA